UCGCGUCCUGCGCCUACGUCAACCAAGGAACUCGUGUUUCGCCUGGGAAGUGGAGGUCUGGCUCCUGCGCUUCCUCGUGGGCCUACAUGUGCAAACGGCCGCAGAGCUGCCCGGAGGGACGGACGUGUACCUCCAGUAGUGUUUCUGCUGUAAUGAAGACUUCCGACUGCGAUGAUGGCAACUUCCUUUAUGGCGAUGAUUGCUAUCUUUUUGACGCGACGCAUAGAAGUUGGGAGGAUGGCGAGAAGUUUUGUCUCGCCCGGCGAGGCCACCUGGCUAGCAUACACUCUGAGCAAGAUGCCCGAUUCAUUGCUGAUCACGCAAGUUACUGGUCCAUUUGGGUGGGAGAAAAGAAGAAGGGCAACAACUACGAGUGGACUGACGGAACAGCUUCUGUAAGUGGAUUGCUGAAGGCCUUUGGAAAAGUCAUGUUGCAGGACUACGGAAGAACCGACUACUACUCCUACAGUAGUGGCUGUUCUUCUUUGAAUGGCUACAAUUACCUGUACAGAAACUCUGGUUGCAGCUGGGAAUACCAACCGGUCUGCAAAACAGGUGCAAACGUCCCUCCCGAGCGCCCCUUUUGGAUGCGUGAAGCAUUUGCUCAUAUUCGCUCCGCUUUUUCUGCAGCCAAGCACGGAAGGCCUCCACAGCUGCCACCAUUAGUCGGCCAGCCGGACUGGACUCAGAAAUGCGGCUGGUGGCUGGACUACCCCGAGAGCGACUUCUGCUACCUGAUGAUCCGCCAGCCCACCAAGACCUGGCAGGAGGCGCAAGACGACUGCCAACGCCUCCAAGGGAACCUGCUCAGCAUCACCGACCGCGAGGAGCAGGUCUUUGUGCAUGGUUACAGCAAGGCUCUGAUGAAAGCAUCCUCUCUCUGGUUGGGCGCCAAUGUCCCCAUCAGUAACGAAGGCAGCACGUGGGCUGACGGAGCCUCGUUCACUUACGUCCACUCGACUUCAGGUACCCCCGAUGGAAAUUGUCUCUCCUUCCUCACUGGCAACAGCAACUGGGAGUACGACUCGUGCAACAAGGAGAGAGGUUACGUCUGCAAGAAGAGAGGAAAUGUAAAAGACGCUACGCCGGCUCCUGACUCCAACAAGUGUGCUCCCGGGUGGCUCGAGCACGACUCCAGCUGCUACAAGAAGGUGGUGAAGCCCAACGGUUGGCUGGGGGCCUGGCACCACUGCGUCUGGGUGGGCGGCGACCUGCUCUCCAUCACCUCCUCGGCCGAGGAGGACUUUGUGAAGGACACCAUGGGCAAGGACACCCGCUUCUGGCUGGGACUGUCCAACCAGAAAUGCGACGACGUCUGGUGUCGCUUUGAAGGCGGGAGCCAGAAUCUGACCUGGUCCGAUGGCGAGACAAUGAAUCACACCAACUGGGCCUCAAAUCAACUCGAAAGCGCCGACGUUGCAUCCUGCGCCUACGUCAACCAAGGGGGAAGGGGUCAGCCCGGCAAGUGGCGGUCUGGCUCCUGUCUUUCCUCAUUGGCCUACGUGUGCAAACGGCCGCUGACCUCCGACUGCCACGAAAACACCUUCCACUAUGGCCACUAUUGUUAUCAUUACGAGAAGACGGUUAAAACCUUUGACGAUGCCGAGAAAUUCUGUCUUGCCUGGGGAGGCCGCCUGGCUAGCGUCCACUCCAAGAAAGAGGCCCAAUUUGUGUAUGGUGAGCACCAAGAGGACCCGCCGCAGUCGUCAUUUGACUGA